AUGUUUGAACUCACUAGAACUAAAUGGUUGAUUGUCAGAAUAACUAAUUUUUGGAUAACCAUAUGUGCUAAAAACACUUCGAAAGUGCAUAAUAAUUUCUCUAGCUGUCUUCUUAUUGAGUUUAAUUAGUUCUAACCACUUAGAGUAGUGGUCAAAUACUACCAGUGGUGUUUUGGAGGGUAUACACGGGUACACGACGUAUACCCGUGAACCAUCUUAGUGAUUUAGCGUAUACUUUAUAAAAGUAACACCAAUACGCACGUAUACGCUGGUAUACCUACUUAAUAAAUAGAAAAAAAACCAUUAUCAACAAUGAAGAGAAUUAUAAACAUGAGGAGUAAAUCUAUAGAGCAUACGUUUAUUUUUAGAAAAUUUGUUAUUGGUAGGUUAAUAUUACUUAAUAAUAACAUUGAUAAUUAAUUAUUAUUUAUAGCUAUCGAUUAUCGCCUAGCUAUAUUCAUUAGGUAUCAAAUUAUAAUAUCCACAAGCGGCCUUUGGACGUUUCUAUACAAGAAUAUUCUAGACAGUGUGUUGAGUGCUAUUCCAAGUGCUGACUUCCUGCGGUAUUGCUCGUCUUCCAUUAUUAUUUAUUUUACAUUUUGUUACUUAUAAUUUUUUUUUUUCCUGUGGCUUCUGAAGUGAAAUGUUAAGUGUUGACAAUAUGGAUUCUACACACACACACAAAAAAAAAAACUUUAUUUUCUUAUUUUUCUAUAAAUACAAAUAAAAAAAUCCGUUUAGAAAUUGUUGAGGUAAGUAACUAUAAAAACUAAUAAGGUAAUACAUUUUAAAUUGUCUUUAUUUUAUUAAUUCGUUUACUUGUGAGCUAUUUAGGUGGCGUCUAAAGAAGUAGAAGCUCAAUUGUUGUCAUCUAUUGCACAAAUAAGGAUAUAAGGUAUAUUAUUUUCUUUUUCUAUUAUUUGUUAUUAUUUUGUUUAUAAUAUAACAACACUCUGACAUAUUCAUACAAUUGUUUUUUUAUAAUUGUUACUAUAUUGUUAUUAUAUUUGUUUACUUCAUACAAAUGUUUUUCACAUUUAUAUAAAAAUUAUAUUCUUUUUCGAUUGUUAUGCAUUUUUUUUUUAAAAUAGGUAUACAUUUUUAUAGAAAAGUACAUUUUAAAUUUUGUUUUUUACAAUAUAGGUACCUAUUGCUCUAUACCAAAAUGUAAAAACUCCUAGUACUAUAAAAUGCUUAGGUAGUUCAUAUAGGUACAUAUAGUUGCAUAUUUGAGACUUAAUAAAAUUAAAAUUACAUUUUUAAUUAUUUUUCUCAUACUUAAUGAACAAAAAGUAAUUUAAAAAUUAUUAUUUGUUUUAAUUUUAAAAAUGCAUGCAGUAAAGGGUUAAAACCGUUCGGUAGAAUUUAAGUUAAUAAGUUAAUAGAAAACACUUUACAUUUCAAUUAUUAUUUAUUUGAGUUAAAGUAGUACCUACUGUACUAACCUAAUUUGUAUAUUAUACUACAUAUACAAAUUAGAAACCACAAUUUUAAUAUUUUCUUUUUCGUGAUUAUUAAUUGUGGUAAUUUAUUAAAAGUUACAACCAUUGUCAAAUAAUUUGAAUUAAUUUAUUUUUAAUAAAAAAUUAUAUUAGUGACAAAUAUCUCUUAUUCAAGAUACUGGAAAUUCUGAAUGGUACUAGAUCUAAUUAUAUACUUGGAUGGUUUUAUUUGAUGUAGGUAAAUGAAAAUUUGUUUUCCGAGCCAUCUUCUCUAUUUAUUCAAUUAGAUAGUGUUGAGUCUUCUGAAGCUGACUGUCAAGAUUCACUGUGGCUGUCUGAGUGGACAUCAGUGCAAUGGACAGAAAAAAAAGAAAAAUUUAAAGGACUUUACUGUACUGAUGGAAAAAUUGGAUGUGAUAUAUGCAGAAAAGUGAGUAAAUUAAAAACCCCUCAAAAGAUUGAAAUAUCUCAAGAAUGGGUAACAUGUGAAAUUGAUGGAGGAACAAAUACUAACAAGAAAACUUGCCUCACUGUUUUAAAAAAUAAACUUAAAAAACAUUUUGAAUCCAACGCACACAAAUCUGCUGUUCAAAUAUUAGACAAUAAAGACAAAAAUAUGUUGUCCAAGCUUAUGGAAGAAAAUGAUUACCAGAUAAACUAA